AUGACCAUGGAGGAUUUAUCACCCACAAAUUCACAUCUUUCAAGAACUACCUUUAGAGAUGCUGAAAAUAGUUUCAGAAAAGCUUCAACAUUCCAUUCUAACCUACCUUCCCCUGAAUGGUUUGAAACUUUGGAGAAUGAAUUUGACAAAGCUUUUGUUGAUUUGGAUGUUUUGAUUGGGGAAGUUGAACAGGAAAAUCAGUCCGAAUUAAUUUUUGAAUGCCGUAGGCGUCUAACGCUAAUUAGUGGGGUGUUUGCCAAAUUUGCUCAAAAAGUUCAAGUAAUUUGCCAACAAAAUUAUGACCUUAAGAAAGAUCUUCAAAAUUCCAACAAUAAAUUAAUUGGAGUAUUAGCCACAAAAUCAUUAUUAGAAGAACAAUCAGAACAACUUCUUUUGCGUGUUCAUUCACUUUCAUGUCAACUUUACUCAAAAACAGCUCCACACGAAUCAGAAAUUAUUAAAAAGAAAUUGGAUAAAGAAAUGAGAAUGUUUAACUCAAAAAAUUUACCAAUUACAAAAUCACAAGCUGAAAUUUCUUUAUUAAAAGAAGAAAAUCUUAAAUUAAAAAGUCUUCUAAAUUCGGUACAUAGCGAAAUUUAUGGAGCUCGUUUAGCUGCAAAAUAUUUGGAUAAAGAAUUGGCUGGACGGAUUCAGCAAAUUCAAUUGCUUGGUCGCAAUAUGCGAGGAGCUCAACAUGAUCGUUUAUGGAAUCAAUUAGAAGCUGAGAUUCAUCUUAAUAGGCACAAAACAGUUAUUAAAGCUUGUCGUGUGCUCGAUGCAAACAACAUGGUGAGACGGAAAAAAACAAAUGAGAACUCCAAAGCCUCUCCUUCCGUCUAUUUUGACAAAAGGGGUGUCGGAAAGACACGUCGCAUUCAUCUCCAUUUGGAAGAUAACGAAGGCCUGGGUAUUUCUAUUACGGGAGGAAAGGAGCAUGGAGUCCCUAUUAUUAUUUCUGAAUUGCAUUCUGGUCAGACUGCAGAAUCAAGUGGAAAUUUGUUUGUUGGAGAUGCUAUACUUUCUGUAAAUGGGAAAAGUCUAAAUAAUUUGAAGCAUUCACAAGCUGUGAAAAUUUUAAAUAAUGAGGUGAUUUUGAAAUUGAACGUUUAUUUGGGUAGCCGACAUUUGUGA